UUAUCUUUUGUGCUAAGUAAGCGGCAAGUGCUCUGUCUACUUGAUAGAAUAUUUUUGUAAACACUUUGGCAACAUGUGUGGAAUAUUUUGCUUGAUUGAAUGUACAACAAACAAAACUAAACCAUCUUUUCCUACAAAAUCUUUCGAGUGGACAUUAUGCAAAAACGUAAUUGCAAAUCGAGGUCCUGAUAGUUUAAAUGGCUUAGAAGAGAGUAUUGCAGAACAAUGGCACAUUCAAUUUUAUGCAAGUGUUUUGUGGAUGCAAGGCUCACAGCCAGUGUCUCAACCACUUGUUGACUCUGAUUCUAAUAUAUUUUUAUGGAAUGGAGAUGUUUUUUCUGGGAGUUUGUUUGAAGAAAAUUUAUGUGACAGCAAUGUCGUUCUGACAGCUUUGCAAAAUUCAACUGAUAUCUAUUGUACUAUGAAAGAAAUCAAAGGGCCUUUCAGUUUCUGUUAUUAUCAAAAGUCUUUGAAACUUUUACACUUUGGAAGGGACCGAUUUGGAAGGCACAGUUUAUUGUUCAAAACAACUGAAAAUCAUGACUCACUACUGUUGACAUCUGUAGCUGGGAAGGAUGUGAAUAAUAUUGUGGAAUUGCCAGCUAUAGGGAUUUUUACUGCAGAUUUCAGUAAUGAAAAAAUUAAGUUUGGCUGUAGUCCAUGGUAUGAACCAAAUGAGAGAUUUUUUAAAGUUCUUGAUGAUUUCAGUAAACGUUUCAAUAUUCAUGUUGAUGUUGCCAAAGUAGAAUACUUACCAAAGCUAGGAGAAUUGUUCAUAAAUAUUUUAACUGACUGCAAUGCGGGUUUUUUAAGGUAUGCUGAAAUAGCAUCUGAGACCACAAGUUUUGACAAAGUGAUGGACAAUUUAUUAAAAAUCAGUAACAUCCGUGUAACUGUAAAUAAUUUGCUGUCAUUACUUGAUGAGUCUGUAAAAAGAAGAGUUAAGAUUAUUCCUAAGUUUUGUAGGAAUUGCACAAAGCUACAAUCAGAAUCUAUAAAUUCUUGCCAGCACGCAAAAGUUGGCCUCUUAUUUUCUGGUGGAUUAGAUUCAGCUAUAUUAGCUGCUAUUGCUCAUAAGCACGUUGAUAGCAAUGAAACGAUAGACUUGAUAAACGUUGCGUUCGAAAAGAAAAAUAACUGCAAUUUUGAUGUUCCAGACAGAAAAACAGGAAGGCAAACGUAUGAUGAAUUAUUGAAAUUACACCCCGAAAGAAAAUAUAAAUUUAUUGAAGUUGACGUUUCUCGAAAAGAAUUAGAAAAAUACAGAUCUACUCAAAUUUUCAAUUUAGUGUACCCACUAGCUACCGUGCUAGAUGAUAGUUUAGCAUGUGCAGUUUGGUUUGCCAGUAAAGCCAACGGAAUGAUAUGUCCAGAAACGGAACCAUACGAAUCAACUUGCAGAGUAUUGUUGUUGGGAAUGGGGGCUGACGAACAAUUCGGUGGAUACAUGAGACAUAGGACAAUUUUGAGGCGUAAUGGAUGGGAAGCUCUUACCACAGAAUUGAAAUUGGAAUUUGAUAGGAUUUCUGACAGAAAUUUAGGGAGGGACGACAGAAUGGUGGCUGAUCAUGGCAGGCAAUCUCGAUUGCCGUACUUGGAUGAAGAUUUUGUCGAUUUUGUUCAAAAACUUCCACCUUGGAAACGGUGCUGUCCAACGGAAAAGUUCCCAGUCGGUCUAGGCGACAAGCUUUUACUGCGUCUACUAGCACACAGUAUUGGUCUGCGCGAAGCGUCGAAACUACCAAAGCGCGCUUUUCAAUUCGGCUCGCGCAUUGCCGACGGCAAAGAGAACGCCAAGGAUUUAUCUAAACGACUGUGAAUUCGCACAAACAUUACCUACCUCUUAAUUACUUAAUGACACCUUUACUUUUUAUGCACGCAUUCGCUCACCCGCA